UUAAUAUACUCUGAUGAGUUAUUUUUCUUCCUCCUUAUGCUAAUUGUCAGAAACAGUGUAAACGCUAAAGGAGAUCGAUCGUGUAUCAAAAAUAAAGAUGUGUAUUACAGGAAUGUGGAAUAUGAAUAUUCCCUCAGAUCUCCUGCUAGAUAUACUGUCCCGCCUCAGUUUAAAAGCCAACAUACAAGCUUCCGCUGUCUGCAAGACAUGGUGUGGAGCAGUUGUUUCUGUCAGGAAGUUACAGCUUCCUCAUCCUUGGGUUUUUUAUCCACUAAGAGCAGCAGAAGAGGGAAACUACCUUCUUUUUGAUCCAUCACGGUCUCAAACAUAUAAGCUAAACUUCCCAGAGUUAAAGAACUAUGGAUUCUCUUAUUCUAGGGAUGGUUGGUUACUUGUGGUAACAAAGGCCCCUUCGCGUUUGAUAUUCUUAUUUAACCCAUUUACCCGGGAUCACAUUUACUUACCCAAGUUGUUGUUACCUACUACAGCAGGAGACUGUUGCUUAGCCUUCUUAGCCGCUCCUACAUCAUCAGCUAACUGUUUGGUAAUAUCGUUUAAUUACACUAUUAGCCCCUCAGAUAUAAUUGUGAUCGAUACUUGGCGGCCUGGUGAAACCGUAUGGACCACACAUCGAUUCAACAGCCAGUUACCUGGUCGACGUGCAUGGAACAACUGUGACUUCUCGAAUGGUAUGUUCUAUUGUUUCAGCACCUGCGGCUACCUCGGGGUUUUCGACCCGUCGCCGAACAGAGAAACCUGGAAAAUUCUACCGGUGAAACCAUGUCUCGCCUUUCGUCAGGUGGAUCUCACUAGGAGAAUGAUGAUUACGGAGCAUGAAGGAGACAUCUUUGUCGUGGCCGCUACUGGCUAUAAGAAGUCGUCGGUGUUUAAACUAAACCGUAAAGGCAAGAGGACGUGGGAAGAGAAGAGAGAGCUUGGUGGCUUGACGAUAUUCGCAAGUCGCAUUGCCUCUCUUACGAGAGCUAGUAGUCUCUCCUCCAAGGAGAGGAACAAACUAUACCAGUUGGAGGUGGGCGCAAGGCAGGUAUUUGCUUUUUUACGUAUACUUGAUACUUGGUUUGCUUUGAAUGAGUAAUGAAUUUUCUGACUUUUCUACUUGACUUAUCAGAAACGAGUAAUUGUUAUUUCGAGUACUUGUCCAAAACUAUGUUACUUGCAAGUUACUUGCCUUGUUCGAUUACUUGCUACUUACAAGUAUUUAUUAAUUACUUGGAUAUAUUUCCAAUUUCUAAAAAUUACUUGAUAGAUAAUAUUUUAAGAGAGAAGGUUAUGAAAGUUUGUUUUAUUUACUCGACUUGGUAAAAAUACGAGAGUUAUUUUACAUAAAAUAUUUGCACCUAAUAUAAAAAAAGAGAUGGAAUUCAAUUAGAAAGUAUUGUUUACUUCUUACAACAAAGAAAUAUUUGUUUAGGGCUUUGGUUUUUAUGGUUUAGUUAUCAUUUUUGUCGUAAAACAAGUAACGAAUAAUAUCAAAACGAGUCGUAACUUUUUUUGUGAUACUUGUUACUUGCCUUGUACUUGCAAGUAGCAAAACUUAACAACUUGAUACUUGACUUGGCAACGAUGAGUACUUGAAAAAACGAUGCGAGUACGGGUCAAAUAGCGGGUAUAAGGCAAAUAACAAGUAUUCAUGCCCAGCCCUGAUACCAGGGCGAGUGCUUUUCCAUUGUUGAUGAGAAAAUUGGCUUUUCCCGCCGUUCAAGUAACUAUAAUACUAACUACAUGUCUUGGGUGUUUCCUCCUCGCAACAAAAUUAAUUUGUGACUUGUUUUGUCUUAUGAAGAAGUUUAUUUAUGUUUUUUUUUUAAGUUGCUGUAGUAUAUACAGUUUUA